AUGACCAUGGCUAUAUCCACGAAAACGGCGACGACCAAGACGUCCUCGUCGGCCGAGAUUGCGACGCAAAUCAAAACUCUGCUGAAGCCUCAUAACGACGAACGACUGGAUGCCGCUCGACUCGACGAACUUCGUAAAGUCUUUGCCAGCUUGAUCCAGUCGAACGAGUUUUCUCUCGAGAGGACACCAACUCGCAAUUCUUCAUUGCCAUUGUCGUCCUCCAGUGUCCAGCACAAAUGGCACGCCUUUCUCCGAACGUCGCACAAGAAGUUUCUGCUCCAAUUGUGCGACCGCGUCGAAUCGGGCAAACGGACGGCACUGCGUACCUUGUGGGGCGUCGUCGCUACCUCGCCGACGCAAUCCAGCAACAGCGCUUACCAAGUGGUUUCCACUACACUGCUGCGACUCUUGGUCCGGGUGGUUUCCCGAUUGCCGACCUGGGACAAGUCUAUACACCACAUGCUGCAGGCCGAGUUUCUCCAACCCUAUCGGGAUGUGCAGUACUACACUCUGAUCGCCACGGUCACAAUUGCUAACGAAAUUUACAAGCAAGGGACGAGCGUGGAAGAGGAUGAUCAAGAGAAACAGGUGCAGGCGGAGCG